AUUAGCUCCCCCGUACCUAACCCCGCCCCGGGGAUUGCCAGGCGCGGUGCCCUUGAAAAUCAAUUGAAGCUGGAGCUCCAUUUCGCGUUGAAUUCCAGCAAAAAGUGGAUUUGCAGAUACUCUCGCUAUCACUUAUCACGGUUCCUGCAUCCACGCGGCAUUCAGAUCAUUGGUGAUUGUUCUCCCGUUUUCCCUUUCCCAGCCCAGGAAAACGAGUCCCGAAAAAAAGUGCCCGAGUCCCUUGGCCGGUCUAUGAUGCAACAACGGUGCUAAACAGCCUCGGGGUGGAUUUUGGACUUAGUAUUUUUCUUCCAUAUUGACCCUGGGUCUUGUUAUUCCAUUCCUAUUCUAGACAAAGCCAGCCAGCCAGCCAAUUACCGAAGUGUACAUCGAUGUUGGUCUCCAAGUCCAUUGCCAGCCGCGCCGGCUUGGCUUCUGCUGUUGCUUCUCGCAGCUGCCGACCAAGCUUCACCGCGAUGCCGCUCAGAGCCAAAGUCCUGGGCCAGCAGGCCCCAAUCUCGACCCAAGCCGCCGCCGAGUUGUUCAAGCCCGUCGAGGGUGACGAGCCCGAGGAUGUCCUCUUCAACAGUCUAUAUAAUCUCCGCUCCGUCGAGCUCAACCGCCCAGCCAAGUACAACGCCCUCAAUGGCUCCAUGAUCCGCAAGAUCGCGCCCCGUCUCCUCGAAUGGGAACGCUCCGAUAUGGCCAACGUCAUCGUCAUCAAGGGCUCCGGAGAGAAGGCCUUCUGCGCCGGUGGUGAUGUUGCCGCGCUGGCCAAGCAGAACGCCGAGGGCCCCGAGGGCGUCAAGAAAUCCGUCGACUAUUUCGGCCUCGAAUACAAGCUCAACCACCUGAUUUCCACCUACACCAGGCCUUACGUGGCUUUCCUCGACGGCAUUACCAUGGGAGGUGGUGUUGGUCUCAGCAUCCACGCCCCCUUCAGAAUUGCGACCGAGCGCACUGUCUUCGCCAUGCCCGAGACCAAGAUUGGCUUCUUCCCCGACGUCGGCGCCUCUUUCUUCCUCCCCAGGAUGCCUGGCCAGGUCGGCCCCUACCUCGGUCUCACCAGCGCCCUGCUGAAGGGUGUCCAGGUCUACUACGCCGGCAUUGCCACCCACUACCUUCACUCGAGCAGUCUGCCUGCCCUGGAAUCCCGUCUUGCCGAGCUUACCCCCCGGGACUACUGGACCAUAGAACAGCGCCUUAGCGUCAUCAACGACACCAUCGAAGAGUUCUCCACCGGUGUCCCCUACGACGAGAAUAUCGAAAUUGGCGGUAAGAUUCGCCUUGCUAUCGACCGUUGCUUCAAGUACGACAAGAUCGACGAGAUUAUUGCCGCCCUUAAGGAGGAAGCCGCUGAAGGCGCCAAGGGAGGCGUUCAGAGCUGGGCCAAGAACACCCUGGAGGAGCUUACCCAGCGCUCCCCUACUUCUCUCCAUGUUACGUUGCGCCAGAUGCGCCUCGGCAAGUCUUGGGGCAUCGCUCAUACGUUCAAGCGCGAACACCAGAUGGCCGCCAAGUUCAUGAAGUCUCACGACUUCAAUGAGGGCGUCACCGCAUUGCUCAUUGACAAGGGGGCGAACGGACCUGCCAAGUGGAAGCCGGCUUCGCUAGACGAGAUCCCCCCUGGAGCCAACAUCUCCGAGGACUACUUUAGGAACGACCCAGAGGUCCCUGUGUUGGAGCUGCUCAACGACAGAUCCUACAUGCAGUAUCCCUACAACAAGUUUGGCCUGCCCAACGAUUACGACGUCAAGGAGGCGAUAGAGAAGGGCAACUUCACCCGGGAAAAGCUCAUCGACCACUUCGUCGAGACCAGGCGUGGCAAGCAAGGUGUUCGGGAAGCCGUUUCUGACGUCCUCGAUCGUAUGGCCGUGCGGAGCAAGGGUACUGAGCAUGUCCAAUGGAAGAAAGAGUAGAAUGGACAAAGAUGCUAAGGAGUGGUCGGAGAAAUGCGCGUUGUACGAUAACCCACCCCGUGUUGAUAAUGAUGAUGAUUGCCCCAUCCAGCCAGGCUACCAUGUUGUCUCAGUUGCCAUUCUCCGCUUUUGUGUCGAGGAUCUCCCGAAUUUACAACACAAAGGUUUACUCAGUGUUAUUCUAUGGAUGGCGAUAGUACUGUUACGGCUACUUCUACUUUCACAGCGACUAUACCUUGAUCUCUUCUCAGUGCCGGGCCCUAGAGUCUGAAACCCAGCGGCAUGCUGUGUGCUUCAAGUCAUGGAUCUUGGACCUCUUUUCAGUCGUACCUUCGGUCUCUGAUAGAAAAAGCUGUGUUGUACAUGCUAUUUCAUGUCUAUACCCUAGACCUGUUACAUCUUAUUCAAACUAGUCCCAACCUGUCCC